AUGUCCGACUUCAACGCCAUCGCCCAGCAGUUCGUCCAGUUCUACUACAAGACCUUCGAUGAGAACCGCGCUGGUCUCGGUGCCCUAUACAAGGAGACCUCUAUGCUCACCUUUGAGGCGCAAGGCACUCAGGGUUCCGCUGCCAUUGUAGAGAAGCUCCAGAACCUGCCAUUCCAGCAGAUACAACACCGUACCGACACCGUUGACGCUCAGCCUUCCGCCGAUGACGGUAUCCUUGUGCUCGUCACUGGUGCGCUUUUGGCAAGUCGUUCCCAUGGAUCGUUACAUCCGGCCUUGACUAAUACUGAACAGCUUGCGGGCGAGGACAAGCCAAUGAGCUUCACCCAGGCCUUCCAGCUCAAGAACGCUGAUGGCAACUGGUUUGUUCUGAACGACGUUUUCCGUCUCGUAUACCCCGCCGCGUAG